CCCAACAUUAUUUAGGGAAAGGGCUCCACAUAAUGAGCUCUUUGAGUCUUGGUUCACUUAAUUUAAUUACGCGUUUGUAUAAUCCUUAAUGCUACUUAUACCAUUUAUAAACUCAAUUUCCAUUUCAAAUUCAAUUUAGGCAACAAUGAUCCCAAUUAUUGACACAUCAUAAAAACAUUCCAAAAAUGCAAAAAGAAUAAAAACCGGUAACGCCUCUUUCUCUCUCCUCCCCACCUCUUCUUUCUCUCUAUAACCAAACCAAAAACACAAACAACAACAUUCCCAUUCAUUCAUUCAUAAAUAUCCUUUUCACUCAACCUCACGCUUUCUUCUUCCUUAAAUUCCCUUCUAAAAUUUAAAAAAUUUCUCUUUCAAAUGCAAAAUUCCGUGUAAUUUUUGGCGGUGAAUUUGGAAAAAAAUGGGGCAACAAUCUUUGAUCUAUAGUUUUGUUGCGCGAGGCACGGUAAUUUUGGCUGAAUUUACAGAAUUUACUGGGAAUUUUACAUCGGUUGCAACUCAAUGCCUUCAGAAAUUACCCUCUUCAAGCAGCAAAUUUACCUACAAUUGUGAUGGUCAUACUUUCAAUUAUCUCGUCGACAAUGGAUUCACUUACUGUGUUGUUGCAGUUGAGUCUGCGGGUAGGCAGAUUCCGAUUGCUUUUCUAGAGAAAGUCAAGGAUGAAUUUUCCAAGAAAUAUGGCGGGGGGAAAGCUGCAACGGUUGCUGCCAAAGGCCUAAACAAAGAAUUCGGGCCUAAGUUGAAGGAGCAGAUGCAGUACUGUGUGGAUCACCCAGAAGAGAUUAACAAGCUUGCAAAAGUGAAAGCCCAGGUGUCAGAAGUUAAAGGAGUAAUGAUGGAAAAUAUUGAGAAGGUUCUUGACAGAGGUGAAAAAAUCGAGCUCCUGGUGGACAAAACAGAGAACCUUCGUUCUCAGGCACAAGAUUUCAGGACUCAGGGUACCAAAAUAAGGAGAAAGAUGUGGUGGGAGAACAUGAAGAUAAAGCUGAUAGUUUUAGCUAUUGUUGUGGCACUGAUUCUCAUCUUGAUCUUGUCCAUUUGCGGAGGCUUCAAGUGCACCCAUAAGUAAACCAGAUCUAUAGGCUUAUAUACAAAUCAGAGUUUCGUCAUCUAUAUUGUAUGAUGGAUUUUCAGACAGUUUUGUACAGUUGUGUACCGAAAUCCUUUUGACAAUAGUAGGCUAAUAUGCAAACUUGGUCCUAGAGAUGAUUUCUGCCUCUUUUGGCUGAUCUUAAUUUGAAACUUAGAUUGCUUUGUAUUAUCAUUGAUAUUUUGCAUUAGAACAACAUGGUAUACAUAGAAAUAUAGACUGGAUCUAUAUUGACCUGUUAACUUA